CAUCUAGCGACUUAUCAAUUUGUUAUUUUCCAAAAAUCGAAGAGAAAAUCGUGAAAAAAUCGUGAAAAUUGAUGUCGUCGAGUGUUGUUUUAGCUAAUUUCUGCUAAAAUAUCAUCAGCAGCGCGUGUUCCAUCUGAGAUUCUCAUCAAACAACCGAAAGCCAUGUACCAACGAACGUGCGGAGCUGCGGCAGGCGUCGCUGGAUGCAGUGUUCCCAUUCAUUCGCACGAUUGCGAACGCGAACCGUGUCUCAAUCUGCAGGCGAACAACAAACACAACACACAAAAUAGUCAGCCCCCGAUCGAACACGAUUACAGCGGCUUCGAUAUCGUCAAAGCGACGCAAUACGGAGCCAUUGCGCGUGUCAAGGAACUCGUUGAAGCCGGAUGGGAUGUCAAUCAGCCGGAUGCCGAGACAGUAACGUUACUCCAUUGGGCCGCAAUUAACAAUCGACGGGACUUGAUACGAUAUUUUCUCGACAAAGGUGCCAUUGUGGAUGCCAUUGGGGGCGAAUUGCAGGCGACGCCGUUGCAUUGGGCAACGCGACAAGGCCAUCUCGGAUCUGUUGUGUUACUUUUGGCAGCGGGAGCAGAUCCCAGUGUACGGGAUGCCGAAGGGAUUUCGUGUAUUCAUCUCGCAGCGCAAUUUGGGCACACGGCACUCGUUGCGUAUUUCAUUGCGAAGGGCGUUUCGCCCGAUUUACAAGAUCGCGGAGGUAUGACAGCACUUAUGUGGGCUUCGUGGAAAGUUUCGGCAUUAGAUCCUGUGCGAUUGCUCAUCACAUUGGGCGCAAAUCCGUCGUCGAUUGAUCAUACGCAUGGCAAUACUCCGCUUCAUUGGGCUAUUUUAGCGAGAAAUCACACAGCAAUAUCUACUCUCGUGUUAAAGGGUAAAGCAAGCUUAGAUAUACCAAAUUUGCGUGGGGACACGCCGCUAUCGAUGCUUCAAGCACAUCUGGGCUCCGUAUGGAUCGGAUCGAAAGUCGCGGAGCGUGUACGGGAAAAAAUCCAGAUGCAACAAAAGCGAAAUUUCGUGACAAAACUCAUGCUCGAUAAGCGAUUCCGUCAUUGGGCAAUGAUUGCAACGCCGUUCCUCGUUUACUAUCUCAUCGGACUCCUACUUAGUGCAAAUACCUUGUUUAUCAUCAAAUUCUUUCUCGCCGGAUGCUUGUACGCCGUCGUAUGGACCAUCGGCAAACGCUUAUUUGACGAAACGCUAAUGGCGUUGCUUCCUCUUAGUAUUUAUAUGGGCACAAAAGUGUGGUUUUACGUGACAUGGAUCACGUAUAUCGCGCCGCAAGUGUCAACAAUGACGACAAUGGGCUUUCUCGUGUGCAGCGGCGGUCUCUGGAUGUGCUUUUGGAAGUCGUGGCGCGGAGAUCCCGGAAUUAUUCAACCUACGAAGGAACAGAGAUAUCGAACAAUUGUUGAACUUUCGGAAAGCGGAGGCGGAGGAUUUGAACCUUCAGCUUUUUGUUCAGCAUGUUUGGUUCGAAGACCUGUGAGGAGUAAACAUUGCUCCGUGUGUGAUAAAUGCGUCGCGAGAUUCGAUCAUCAUUGUCCGUGGGUUGGAAAUUGCAUUGGCGCGAAGAAUCAUCGACAUUUUAUGGGAUUCCUUUGGAUUUUGCUCGUCAUGUGUAUUUAUAUGAUGUACGGAGGCUUCAGAUAUUUCCAAGCUGAAUGUACAAUUCCUGUUGAUAGAAAUCCCUUCACAGGCUUUUACGCCAUCGGACAAUGCAAUCCAUGGGUAAUGUGGACAAUGUUCAACGCUUUUAUCCACAGCAUUUGGGUUUGUGUGCUCGCGCAAUGUCAAACAUAUCAAAUUGUGUGGCUCGGCAUGACGACAAACGAGCGCAUGAAUCGCGGGCGUUAUCGCCAUUUCCAAGCAAAAGGCGGCAAAAGUCCCUUUACACGGGGCGCUCUCAACAAUUUAAUCGAUUUCCUCGAAUGCAAUUGCUUUGGGCUCGUCAAACCCGUCGUCACGGACUGGAUGAAUUACUUCGAGUUCGAUAAGCAGGCGGAGCACGAGCCUCUUUUGCGACCCGUCGACAACUAUCAGUAUGUGUGAGUAAAGUUAAAGGGAUUGGGCACGUGUUUCCAGACAUCGGCAACGACAACGACGACAAACAUCAACUACAAGGAAGCGGAUAUGGUGUAAGGAAACGACAACAAAGGCGACGAAAAAGACAAAUUGAAGAUGAACAACCACCGUUUUAUAUUCCUCCAACUUGAUGUUGUGUCCGUAAAUGUGUGUUGUGUGUCAUGCUCAACUCCCUUUCUCCUCCAAUUUACGUUAAUUUUAAGCAGAAACGAUCAAAUGGCUCCAAAAAGAAACUUUUACUUGAUAAGUUUUGCGUGUGGUAACAAAUUGCUUUACAAUUAUUCUUAGACGUUAAGUAUAAAAAUGCUUAUUUUUCCAACAUACGUACAUAAAUUGACACAUUUCCGCACUAUUAUUUAUUAUAAUUAAUUGUCUUCAGGAGAAAUCAAUCAAAAUUUACAUAGAAUAUCAAAUUUUGUACAUAUUUUUAUUAAUACAGCACACAAAAAGUUAAAAAUUUUCCGCACGACAUUAU